UCUCCUUUGACCUCCAUGGCCUUCCCACCCCCUUUUUCCUUGUUUUGGCUCUGGCUGAGUAGAAGGAACACUCUUACUGACUGGGGUGAACUUUGCCAAAAGCAAGCAAAGCAGCCAUUUGCUCACCCUGCCUUAAGAGGAGAGAAAGCCCCGGGAAGGAAGAGGAAGAUGCAGCUCCCACUACUACUGCUCAUCUGCAUGUUGUCUGCUGUAACUCCACAACACCAUUUAGUGAAGGAUGUAUGUACUGCCAAGCCAAAGGAUAUCCCUGUGAACCCGAUGUGUAUCUACCGCAACGCAGAUAAGAAGGCGCAAGAGGCUGCAGCCUCUGGGCCGAUUCAAGAGAACAUUCCCAGCUCCACCAACCCACGUGUCUGGGAGUUGUCCAAGGCCAAUUCUCGCUUUGCUGCCCUCUUCUACAAGAAUCUGACCAAAUCCAGGAAUGCCAAUGAGAACAUCUUCUUGUCACCCCUCAGCAUCUCCACAGCCUUUGCCAUGACUAAGCUGGGGGCCUGUGGCAACACUCUCCAGCAGCUAAUGGAGGUUUUUCAGUUUGACACCAUUUCAGAAAAGACAUCGGAUCAGAUCCACUUCUUCUUUGCCAAACUUAACUGCCGACUUUACAAGAAAGCCAACAAAUCAUCAGAGUUGGUGUCAGCCAACCGCCUCUUUGGGGAGAAGUCCUUCAGCUUCAAUGAAACCUAUCAGAAUGUUAGUGAGGUGGUUUAUGGAGCUAAACUCUGGCCUUUAAACUUCAAAGAGAAGCCAGAAUUAUCCAGGGCACUCAUUAAUGAGUGGGUGGCAAACAAAACAGAGAAGCUCAUCAAGAAUGUGAUCCCAGAGGGAGGCAUUGAUGCCCUCACCGUUUUGGUACUAGUCAACACUAUUUACUUUAAGGGCCACUGGAAAUCAAAGUUCGAGCUCGAAAAUACAAAGGUGGAGACCUUUUACAGAAGUCGUUCUGACACUUGCCCUGUGCCUACAAUGUACCAGGAAGCGACAUUCAAGUAUGCCUCUAUUGCAAGCUCCAAAGUGCAGGUCCUGGAGCUGCCCUACAAAGGAGAUGACAUCACCAUGGUGCUCAUCCUGCCCUUUCAACAGACCGCCCUGGCACAAGUGGAACAGGGGCUGACAGCCGAGAAGCUGGAAGGCUGGCUGAAUGUCCUGAGAGAGGUCUCCAUCUCAGUGCACCUGCCCCGCUUCCGUAUGGAGGACAGCUUCAGCCUGAAAGAGAAGCUAGAACAGAUGGGGCUGACUGAUCUCUUCAGCCCGGAACGUGCCAAUCUGCCAGGUAUCAUUUCGGGUGCCCGGAGGGAUGUUUUUGUAUCUGAAGCAUUCCACAAAGCCUCUCUAGAGGUGAAUGAAGAAGGCAGUGAGGCAGCUGCUACCACAGCAGUCAUGAUCUCAGGCCGUUCCUUUCCUUUGAACAAACCCGUCUUCAAUGCUAACAGACCUUUCUUGGUGCUCAUACGGGAAGUUGCCAUCAAUGCCAUUCUCUUCCUGGGCAGAGUAGCCAAUCCCUGCUCUUAACACUUCAGGUUGUUUUUCGGUGGUCCUCCUCCUGUUUUGAAACAGCUAAUAAAAAGGUAUCAUUGCUGCAUCUCUCUUAUAGUAUGACAUGUUCUCAAAUUACAACGAAACCCAUUCUUACUCA